AUGGCUGUUAAUAAUUCUUUGUUUGAAAGUGAGUCACCUCUGCCAUUUAAUCACCUGGAUGAUACCGCCUUUAAUGCAGUAUUGUAUGAGUUUGAACAUGGUCCAUUAAAUUUUGACUUAGAUCGUUUAGAAUCUUUAAUAUUCAAUCCAAUUGAAUAUCUGCCUUCUACUUUAGAGAACUCAUUUAUAACUAAUCUUGACCCAGAUUUAAACUUUAACGAACUAAUGCCAUCUAAUAGUAGGUACAUGAUUGAAAGUGAAGUUAAUGAACUUGUAACGGAUAAACCAU